AGACAGUUGGACAUCGACCGUCUAGCAUAGUAUUGAUAUAUCCAGUUUAAUCAAUUAUGCAAGAUGAGCAAGUAUGUUGUCUUGGUAACGGGCGGAAGUGGAUUUCUUGGACAACAUGUAGUUAAACAUUUACAGCUGUAUGGUGUAAGCGUCAAAGAAAUACGAGUUUUAGACAAGGUUCCAUAUGAACAAAAGCUAGAAUUUGAAGCAAAGCAAAGCAUACUAUCGUAUACAGGGAGUAUAACCGAUAGGGCACUUGUCCAGCAAGCUUGUCGUGAUGUCGACAUUGUUCUACAUAUUGCCUCUAUGAUUGACUGGUCAUUAUUUCCGAAUAGAAAGAUUCUACAUGAAGUAAAUAUAUUAGGUACACAGACUAUUAUUGAAACGUGUAAAGAAGAGAAUGUUCCUUAUUUAAUAUAUUGUGGUUCCAGUGGUAUCUUUGCCGGACCGGAGGAGUCACGUGGAGGAACGGAAACGACAGUCAAACACCCAUCAACAUUAUACUUUGAUGCAUAUGCGUAUUCAAAACUUACAGCACAAGAAAUAGUCAUAUCUGCAAACGGAACAACACUAAGCAAUGGAAAACAGCUACGAACAAUUGCCAUUCUACCGUUACCAAUGUACGGCGAAUUGGACUAUAUGGCUAUUCCACUUUCAAUAAGGCCUUUCAAAGGAAAAACUUAUCCACUUGUCGGUCGUAUGACAGCCAUUUUACAAUAUAGCUAUGUUGGAAAUACGGCAAUGAUGUUUGUGAAAGCAGCAGAAUCAAUACCGAACAAUCCAGCUCUUGGUGGCCAUUUUUUCUUUGCUGCAGACGACACUCCACCAGAUACAUUGCCCGGUGUAAUGAAACCAUUUUUAGAUCUAGUAGGUUCCAGACCAUCAACAUGGUAUAUACCCUACUGGUUUACGAUGAUUAUGAUGUUUUUAUUUUAUUGUUUACUUUAUAUAGUUCGUCUGUUUAAAACAGUCAACUUGCCAAAUUUGCAUUUCACAUUCGGGAGCAUAGCAUUUUUAAAUACAACCUUUUAUGUCACUUACGACAAAGCCAAGACAUUGCUAGGAUACGAACCCAUCUAUGACUAUGAUACUGCAGUCAGACGAUCAAAUAUUUUCUAUUCGAAGAUAAUUUGA